UUGUCAAAAAUAAAAUUGUGUUUUUAUUUUUGCUGGUCAGUCAAAGUAAAAAUCUAAGAAUUUAUUUGAACAAGUUUAUUUUAUAAGAAAUGUUGCGUAAAGUUUGUUGCUCAAGGUAUUCCGGUGGAAUUCUACCGUAUUUGUUAGGUAAACAAAAUUUUUCCAGUGCAGCUGGAUCAACUGGAAGUCAACCGCCAAAAAAAGAAGUUCUUAACCAUGCUGAUGUACCUAUUAUUGACUAUGAAGAUCCGGACUAUUUACCACUGCCGGAAUAUCCCAUGAGACCGGAUGAACCACUCGAGGUACGCAAGCAACGGUAAG